CAAGAAGCAGCCAUGAAGAACCAAAAAAGAAAAAAAGAUGAACCAUUGUACUGUUAUUGUCAACAAGUAUCGUAUGGAGAAAUGGUGGCAUGCGAUGGUGAAAAUUGUCCUUUUGAAUGGUUUCAUAUGGAAUGUGUUGGCUUAGAUGAGCCACCCAAAGGUGCUUGGUUUUGUCAAGAUUGUUCAGCAGAA